AUGUACAAACAUUUUCGGCGUCAUGCGCUGGAGGACGCAGAAGAGAGCGCUCGUUAUGGGAUGGAAUGCCUGUUCCGUUUCUAUAGCUACGGUCCAGAAAAACGGUUCCGGAAAGCUAUUUUCAGAGACUUACAGGAGGAAGCACUGCGAGAAUAUGAUGCGGGCCGUCUGUACGGGCUAGAGAAAAUUUGGGCGUUCUUGCAUUACAGUCGGCGAAAGUUCGAGGUAGAGGAUCGGUUACAGGGUUUAUUGGAUAACAGGUAUCGAACUUCACAGGAUUUCAGGGUCAAUUUCCAGCCUCCUGAUGGAUUUUUCAUCAAUAAACCCGGCGGCGCACGGAACCUGAAUCAGCGAGUCAAACCUGGUCCAAGGAUCUCACGACCCAAGUGA